UACGGCAUUCUGGGAGUGGAGUGGGAAAUGAUCAGCUGGCUGGUGGCACCCACCAAUCACGGUGCGACUCAACUCACCCUUUUCGGAGGCCAAGACCUCUCGGGGUCAUCCCGAGGCCAUUUUGCAUCCUACAUUGCCGAUCACCCUCGCCUUCGCAUUGCUAUCAAGAAGAAGGAAUGCAAAUGAUGGAACUGACGGGGUUCAAGCGGACGAUUCUACCAUUAUUAUGGUGGCACCGAAUCCAACCCAGCAAAAUGUCGCUUAUCUAUCCGAAUACCGAGGUGCACUAUCGGUCAUGGAUUUCGGCAUUCUUUCUACGUUUUCGAAGUGGGUGUGCGAUGCAUGUCCCCCGUGGGUUGGGUGUGUGACAUGCAUGGCAUGCGCUCGGUGCCGUCGCAAGCAAUCUGCCUUCUGCACUGCAUAGCGACAGACUACUGCAUGUCCCAAGGCGCAAGGCGCAUAACGGGAAGCAAGCAAGCAAUCAAGCAGGCUAGCAGAUUACAAUGGGCGCUUUUUUUUCUUCCCUUCUGUUGUACUACUGCUACUGGGCUUUUCUUCUUCAUCAUCUUUUUUGUCAUUACAUGCUUACGCGCGGCGGGUGUUGGGGCGAUGAGGGGAGGCGGUGAUAUACCCUGCUUUUGCAUCUUACUCAUGAAGAUUUUGUCAACGAUUUUUUUACUUUUCAUACUGUUAUUUUUCUCGGAUAUGACGACGUGUUGGAUGGUUGGUUGGUUGGUUGGUUGGUCGGAUCUACUCUGGUGUUUUUGGACUCGGUGUGGCUUUUUCGUUUCUUUUUCUUUUUUUUCUGGAUGAUUUUGGAUUGAAGGUUGUAAUUGAGGCGAAAUCCACCUACCUACCUACCUACCAGGUUUUCAUAUGAUGUAUGUU